CUGGCUCCACUCAGAAAAGGGAUUUAAAUGGGGUUUCCUUGGACCAGUCUGUGCCAUCUUCUCUGUCAAUUUAGCUUUCUUUCUGAUGACCCUUUGGAUUUUGAAAAGCAAACUUUGUUCCCUCAACAGUGAGGUGUCUACCCUCCGGAACACGAGGAUGCUGACAUUUAAAGCCACAGCUCAGCUCUUCAUCUUGGGAUGCACGUGGAGUCUGGGAAUCUUGCAGGUGGGACCGGCUGCCCACGUCAUAUCCUAUCUCUUCACCAUCAUCAACAGCCUGCAGGGUGUCUUCAUCUUCCUGGUGCACUGCCUCCUCAGCCAACAGGUGCGUGAGCAAUACAGGAAAUGGUUGAAAAGGAUCAAGAAAACCAAAGCCAAAUCUGAGAAGUUCACGCUCUCCAGCAGGACUAUGUCUGAUGGCUGCAAACACAGUGAGGAGACUUAAAUUAACGACUAAAUCAGAUGAUCUUCUAUCCUGGUCGGCAAGGAAAAUUCUGAACUGUCAUCUUUGGGAAAACUUCUAAAAUAUGUUUUCAUGUUGGUUACAGGAACUCUUCACAGAACCAUUGUGUAAGGAAAUAUGAUGGGAAUUCUUGAUAUUUAGA